ACUGGUGAGAGAGACAAGCAAGACAGAACAGUCUAAAUCUCAUACUUGUUGAUCGUCCAGAUCGUGAACCAACAGCAAAGAGAAAGAUGAAGACCUUGGCCAUCCUUGUCCUCUGUGCUCUGGCAUGUGUGUGCCACUCUAUUGGAGACUCCUCUACCUCCACUGCCUCAAAGCCUGCUAGUGAGAAAAGAGUGGGUGUGUUUGUUAAGAAGGACCUAGCCUCCACUUUGGUGCGACAGAAGAGAGCCGGCACUGCCCUUGCAGACUUGUCCCUGACUCAGCUGGAGAGUCUGAGGGAGGUGUGCGAGCUUAACUACUGGUGUGAGAACAUGAUGGACACAGCUGGGAUCAUUGCUGCCUACACCGAAUUCUAUGGACCAAUCCCAUACUAGAUGUCAACCCACUCCACAAACCAACUUCCAUUUUGCAAGGCUUUUUGGAGAGAAAUAGUUGUAAUGUUCUGAGGAUGAAACAUCUGAAUAAAUCUAAAUAAAUGAAGUAUAAAUUGAUACGGUGUUAGAGGGAGAACGAGAGAGAAAGAGAGAAAGAGGACAAUGAGAAGUUAUUAAAAUAACUAUUUUGGUAAUAUUCUGUAGUGUAGUACGGUCAAUAAAAUUAUCUAAACAA